AUGGAAUUCCAAUUCCAGUCCAAGGAUACAGGCCUGAACGGAAAAAAUUUUCCUCACACGUUUACACCCAACCAACCAAUCCCAUCCACAUCCAAUCCUCGCCUUCCAUUCCAUUUCAGCACUCUGGAUUCUUCCCCGUCAAUUCCCUGUAAAAUCAAUGGGGUAUCAAUUCUACUGGGAGAGCAUCAAGCUCUUGGCCACCCAGAUGGCCAUCGACUGCGUCACAUGAUCAAUGUCACACUACGAACCAAGAUAUCAGCCGUCUCCCUCUGGCGCUGGAAAUCCCUCUACACCGCAACCAACAGUGUGAUCCACAACCCUAAAGGUUACCAGACCCAUGGCCGACCCCAUGUGUUAUCCAAAGAGCAUCCCGCUGUCCUCUACAAAAUUGUCACCGGCAACCCCUUGAUCAACCUUGAUGAGAUUCAACAGAUCCUUCUACGACUUUCAGACAUUCCAAUUUCUAAAGCCACAAUCAGUCAGGAGUUACACCACCGCUUAGGGCUGUUGCAUCUUGUCGCUUGCGGGGUUCAUUCGGCGCAGUUGAUUGAAGACCGCACCGCUUACAUGCUGAAAGUUGGGAACAUUCCACCAGAGUAUUUUGUAUUCAUUGAUGAGUCUGGCAUCAGGGGUCGUGAUACACUUUUUUUCAAGAGUUGGGCUCCCAAGGGCGGUUGCAGUGUCUGA